CUGCCACGACUCCAGCGUCUGUACACCUAUCUGCAGUACCUAAAGCUGAGCAAAACAAUCUGGCGAACACUAUAUCAGUUAGAGGUUCUAAUGUCUUCUGUCGCGCCGGAGAAUCGGCACAUUUCGCUGGGUCUAGUGACUAGCGGCUACCAUAAGCCUCAUGAAAUAGCGCGUCUCUACGACACUGUUGUGCAAAACCUGCAAGAAGUCAGUUCACUGCCUGGAAGCAUUCAGGAGAAUCACGACGUUAAGGCUCUACUUAAAGCCAAGAUCACUGCCUACAAAAGCCUACGCUGUUACUACCUUGCACUGGCAUAUCUACACGGCAAAAAUUUCCUCGAGAGUUCCUCCUUGCUCACACGUUGCCAAAGCCAAGCCAACCAGGCAAUUGAGGACCUGGCUGCGCUGGAUGACCUCUCUGAGGAGACGGAAGCCGAGGCAGCGCCUGGACACUCGCGCUCCGUGCUGCGUCAGCUG